ACGGCGUGAAGUUGUGUCCGCUUAUCCGUGCUCAGGCUGCAGUUCUACGUGGGACUGCGAUGCUCGAUUGUAUCAUUGUGACCUAACUUUUAUGAGAAUUAAAUACCGUUCAACUACAUUCGGAACACAAUACCUACUUAUUUCUAAUUAUUUAUAUUUCAGGGCUGAUGUUUAAAAGACUAGGUUAAAUUUUCUAAGAGUGAACUAAUGUGAAGUGAAUUUUAUUAAAUACCGGUGUUCAUUACCCUCGCUGGUUAGAGGACGGCUUAGUCUGGCCCUGCAAAUUUUUAUAACUCCCUGAAAAUCAGUUAGUGUGAUAAGGAUUAAAUUUAUCUAUUCCAGCUGUGUUUUUAAACGUUUUUGGAGUCCUGGAGUCUUUCAUCAUGAAUUAUCGACCAAGACACUGGAGCGUGUGCGCUCUGCUGGUCAUCAUGUCAGGCGCGUUCCUAGUGGUGGGCGGAAGCUUCGAGUUCGAGACCGGACUGCUGGACUUCUCCAUCACCAAGGCAGACGUCAGUGCUGCCGUCGACGAUGCUGUCUCUACGCUCAAGUAUCUCGUCGAGCAGCGGGAACCUGAAAUUUUUAGUAGUGGUGGUAAGCUGGGCCCAGACUCGCCUUCCUACCACUACUACAGUUUGCUGCUCGGCACAGAGACCACGCGCCAGAUCUCGGCUGCUGCCUCCAUCUCUGUAGUAGCCACGCACCUUCUCGCCGUGCGACACAACCUGACGGUGGGGCAGGUGUCGCUGAUGCUGCCACAGGUGGACACGGAGGCCACGGUGCUGGGCACCGAGUGCCCCACGCCGCUGCCCCCCACCUCGUGCUCCCCCUCCAGGUUCCGCACCCUCGACGGCACCUGCAACAACCCCGACCAACCCCGCUGGGGGGCCGCCAACACCCCCUUCUUGAGGCUCCUGCCUGCAUGGUACCGAGAUGGCGUGACUGAGCCGCGUGGCUCUCUAAGCGGAGCAGACCUGCCGUCCGCCGCCCGCAUCUCCCGCGUCGCUCACUCCGGGUCCGCGGUGUCCCAUGCCCACACGUCCCUGCUGGUGCCCGUGUGGGCCCACUACCUCUCGCAGGACCUGUCCCGACCCAUCGUGUCCCUGGGGGUGCGCGGAGAGAGGUUGCGGUGCUGCGGCAUCAGCGAUGUUCACCCCGAGUGUUCACCCAUCUUCGAGGGUGACAGAUGCUGGGAGUAUACACGCACCUCCCCCGCCACCACCACCAACUGUGCUCUGGGUGUUCGUGAGCAACUGAACGCAGCCACUUCGUUCCUGGACGGCUCGGCGAUAUACGGGUCGUCGCAGCGCGAGUCUGACGUGCUGCGUCUCUGGGAGACCGGGCAGCUCAAGACGCAGGGCUCCUGGCUGCUGCCCAGAGUUUCCUCCCACACCUGCAAGGACGAGAUGAUGUGUUUCUUGGGCGGUGACUUACGUCUGAACGAAAACGGCGGUCGAGCUGCGCUGCAGACGAUGCUGGUGCGGCACCACAACCGCGUCGCCGCGGACCUCGCUACCGUCAAUCCACACUGGGGCGACCAGACGCUUUUUGACGUCGCCCGCUCCAUUGUGGGGGCUAGUCUGCAACACAUCACUUACAGGGAGUUCCUGCCCACGCUCCUCGGUGUGCAGGCGGUGGAAGAAUCUGAAAUCCUGCCGUUAGCCAGCGGCCGCUACACUGGCUACGACAUGUCCAUCAAAGGCGGCAUCUUCAAUUCCAUAGCUACCGGCAUCCUGCCUCUGGUCCUCACGCUGCUGCCCGACAACCUGCCUCUGGCCAACGUCAACUUGGAAGACCCGAUCACCGAGGAAAUCCCGCUGCAGGAGACUGCCUUGAACAUGACUCUGCUCUAUAAGCCGGGCGUGUACGAGAAGAUCAUCGCAGGUCUUAUCAAAGGCAAGGCUCUGGCUUGGGACGCCUCGAUCCCUCACUCCCUGCGCCACUAUCUAGAAGGCGUUGACCUGGCGGCCAGAGCUGUCCAUCAGGGCCGCGACCACGGCCUUCCUCCGUACGUUGUGUGGCGCCCCUUCUGCCGCCGCUCACCCGCUCACACCUUUGAUCAACUUAUUGAUGUCAUGGAACCUGACCGCAUUGACACUCUCAAGCGGCUCUAUGAUGACGUCGCUGAUAUUGACUUGAUAACAGGAACUUUGUCCGAAAGACCCUUGGAUGGAGCUAUGGUGGGACCAACAGCUUCGUGUCUUCUGUCUCUGCAGUUUAAAGUUCUCAAGCAAACAGAUCGUUACUGGUAUGAAAACGAUUUACCUCCGUCAUCGUUCAGUAAAGAGCAACUUUUUGAGCUUCGCAAGUUCUCUCUCGCUAGAUUAUUAUGUGACAACGUACCCGGGCUUGACAAGGUUCCAUCCAAUCCGUUUUUAGCAAUCGAUCCAUUCCUCAACGCCCCCGUGUCGUGCGAUGACAUCGAGGCACCAAACAUGAGAGCUUGGAAAACAGAGGGCAAAGUUUUCUUGAAAGAAGAGCUUCUAAAGGAAAUGGUGAACAACGGCAAAGAAAAAGUUGAAAGAUUGCGACAAAUGGAGAAACUUGUUUUCGAGAAAGGAUACGUUGCCGCAUCAAAAAGUACAUUGGGAUCGGCGUAUGCCAACAACAAGCCUAAUCCUACCUCCAUUGUGAUGGCUAACACCUCAAUAUUACUGGAAGCAACGAGCCAAGAGCUCCUACUUGCCAUUAAGGACAGGCGAGUGAGACGUCAGAGUCCAUUCCUUGACAGCCUCAAUGGCAUUGAUGGAGAAGUGAGCCUUCCCAGCGUAGAUAUUUCUGGCUUAGUGCCCCCCGCGCCGCUGAUAAGAUCUUGCGUUGAGAUUGAAGAGCACCGACCCUGCGAUGCCAGCGAUAAGUUCCGAACCAUCAGCGGUCACUGCAACAACCUACUUCGUCCGGACUAUGGGCGAUCAAACACUGUCUUUGCUCGCAUGUUGCCCGCUGCCUACGGGGACGGGGUUUCUGUUCCUCGCAUGCACUCAGUCACUGGAGGACUCUUGCCGUCACCCAGAACUGUGUCCACUAACAUUCACUACGAUAUUUCCCACCCUCACGCUAGAUACACACUCAUGGUGAUGCAGUUUGGGCAAUUUUUAGAUCAUGAUCUAACAUUCACUCCUCUAAACAAAGGGUUCCAAAAUUCUAUUUUAGACUGCAGAGACUGCGAAAGUCCUCAGCGCGUCCAUCCUGAGUGUCUGCCGAUCACAGUCGACAGCAACGAUCCCUUCUUCCCUUCGGUCAACAUUUCAUCUGGAAGACCUUUUUGUAUCGCUUUCACCAGAUCUCUGCCAGGUCAACAGACUCUAGGUCCCCGAGAACAGAUCAACCAGAACACGGCUUACCUCGACGCCUCGCACAUCUACGGACAAGAGCUCUGCGAAGCUAGGGAGCUGAGGACGUUCAACGGAGGUCUUCUCAACACUACAGCACAUCCCAUCCAUGGGAAGGCUCUUCUCCCCCAGGUCGGCGGUCACCCCGAGUGCAAGGCUCGGUCUGGGAUGUGCUUCAGAUCCGGGGAUUCGCGGACGUCGGAGCAGCCCGGACUCGCUGUCAUCCACACGAUCUUCAUGCGCGAGCACAACCGCAUCGCCACUGAGCUCAGCCAAAUCAACGGUCACUGGGCGGACGAGCGCCUGUACCAAGAGUCACGGCGCAUCGUCUCGGGCAUGUGGCAGCACAUCGUCUACAACGAGUUCCUACCGCGAGUCCUGGGCUGGAAUGCCAUGCAGCUCUACUCCCUCAGGCUCAAGCCAGAAGGAUACAGUACAGACUACGAGCCCUGCAACCCUGGCAUCCUAAACGAGUUCGCAUCAGCGGCCUUCCGCUUCGGCCACUCGCUGAUCCGACGAUCGCUGUCGCGUAUGGACACAUCCUUUGGCGUCAUGAACGAGUCGGUGACUCUACGCAACAGCUUCUUCAACCCCGACAUGUUAUACGAGGUCAAGAUGGUGGACGAGCUCGUAAGAGGAUUGAUCUCUACCCCAAUGGAAACCCUGGAUAAUUUCAUCUCAGACGAGAUGACCAACCAUCUCUUUGAAGACACUCACACGCCGUUCUCGGGUCUGGAUUUGAUUGCCCUGAACCUCCAGCGCGCGCGCGACCACGGCAUCCGAGCCUACAACGAGUACCGCGCCAUCUGCAACCUCAAGAGGGCGAGGACCUUCGAAGACUUCAGCAGGGAAAUUAAGCCUGAACUCAUUGAUAAACUCAGAAGAAUCUAUAAGAAUGUUGAAGACGUAGAUCUGUUCACGGGUGGUCUGUGCGAGACACCCCUGCAGGGCGGGAUAAUUGGGCCCACGUUUGGCUGCAUCAUCGGACUUCAGUUCCAGUUCUUGAAGCGCUGUGACAGAUUCUGGUAUGAAACGGGAGACCAAAAUCUGCGGUUCACCGAGAACCAAUUGGCCGAGAUCAGGAAGUCCACAAUGGCGGCCCUGGUGUGCAACAAUUGCGACGUCGUCGACAAGGUGCAACUCGGCGUCUUCGACAUCGCGCACAACUUCCUGAACCCUCGCAUCCCCUGCGAAGCUGUGCCCAAAGUUGACCUGAACCUGUGGCGCGACUCGAGCACCUGCGUGAUCGGUGGCGUUGCAGUGAGUGUGGGUGAGACGCGCGCGGCCUCUCCGUGCACGCUGUGCCAGUGCCGUGCCAACGGCCCGCAGUGUCAGACGCUCAAAGUUGACUGCUUCCAACUUCGCUCCCGUGUUGCGCUUGAAGAUAUCCUUAGGGAUAGUGUGUGCCGAGCGCAGUGUGGCAAUAUUCUGGACCCAACACGGCCUUCUCAAGGUCCACCACAACAGCUGCAGAGCGGCCCAGGUUUUUCUGGCAAUGCUCCUAGAGACCAGACCGGCAACCAGGGCUUCCGCCCCGUUGCGGGCAGUGGUGGCUUCUCACCCUCAGGCUUCCGUGACGGGCUCGUGCCCCCGCCCCCACCACCACCCAGCUUCCAGGGCAGCACUGGGCGAGCGCGGCCCAGGCCUCCUGGCCCAACGUUCUUCAGGCCCCCUCCUCCCCCACCUCUCCAACAGCCUUCUAACUUACGUUUCCCCUUCCCAAUUCCCCCGUUCUUACGCUCGUUGUUCAAUUAAAACUUAGUGUCUUUCUAUGAAUUAUAUACUUAUUACUCGGGGGUCUUUCAACUAUGAAAAAUAAAGUGAGAAAUGUGUUGAGCCUUAGAGAUAAGGAAUAAAUUUUGUGAGGGAGCAAACUCUCCGUUAGUUUAAGAAUUUGAUUUUUGUGGAACUGUGAGCAAUUUCUAGCGCUCGAAGCUUACACGUUUAGGGUUGAGAUGAGUAGUUUAUUUAUUACAAUUUUGCCACGUAUUCUGUUCUUCGUCAUGUAUUAGACGUUAAGUGCUUUUCAACUUUUUAGAGACGCAAAGGAUAGGAGUAUCAAAAUGUCAUGCAUGGCGUUUAGAUAUGUGAUGAAAGUCAUUGGACAAGCAAGCAUCAGCUGUUCUGGAAUCGUGAUCCCAUUAUAUUCGUUGCUUCUGGUGUCUGGUAUGUUAUUUUUUUUAAUAUUUGAGAACUUGAUUAAUUGAUUAUUUCGCGAGAAAAGUGUAGGGUCCCCUUCAUUCAUUCCGUCAUUUUUAUGAAUACAUGAACACAAAAUUUUGCUGAAAAUAUAAAUCAUUUUUCUGUCAUAAUUUCAGUAACGUGUUCGGAAUUUCAUUGAACGAUCUAAUUGCGAUCGAGGUAUUAAUUAUAUCUGCAAUUUUUUGGUGUGAAUAAUCGAUUGUAAAAUUGUUACAAUUGCCGCAAAUUUUAUGUUAGUGCAAUCUCUUCAUAAUUGUGACGAGGUAGAGGGGGAACGGAGUUGUCAUAAAUCCAGCUAUUUGUAAUUAGUCAUAAUCAGGGCAAGUGAUAUUAAUUUUCACACCCUCAGCAGAACAGAGUGAGCAAAAUUGAAAUCCGGUAUUAGCUAAGCUCAAUUGUAACUGCAUCGAUCUCACCUUGACCAUAUUUGUUAAAAUUAAGCGGCCGCUAAAGUUGGUCGUUACAUUGGAGUUGUAGCCGCCCAAAGGGAGUGGUGCAAAAAUGGCUCAAAAUCUCUUAUAAUUAAAUUAAAUUUAUCACCUCUAUCUCGCCAUAGAAUAACAGGUCUGACAGCUAUUCUCCAUCAUUGUGAACUAGCCCAUGGCGAUUACCAUUGGCACUGAACAAUUAACGAAAUAGAUUACCAUUUCAUCACCUCACGAAUUUCUAGGUUCAGCGCGUUGUCACUGACUAAUAUUGUACAGCUGUGGGAGACCCAGACAUCGCCGCACGAGACCCAAUGAGCCUAUAUGCCUGAAUUUCUAGCGCUAGUGAAUUUUAGAUUUUAUUGCAAAUUUUAAACAUUCCGAAUAGAAGUGUCUCAUAUGGUAAAGAAAAUAAGCACAGCUUAAAUCCAGCGUAUAACUGUUGCUAAUUAGGCUUGCGUCUUCCUUGUAGGUGCUGCACCCCAUUUUUCAGAUUCUGCUACUUUUAAUAUAUAAAAUAAAUUAUUAAAUUUAACAGUGUUCUAAAAUGAGUAAAUGUGCAAGCCUGUGUCAAGCUUUCGCCAUUUUGGCAAUACUAGUGAUUAUUGAAAGGUUGUAUAUAAUAGAUAUAUUAGUGUAUAUAAGCGGCCUGUUCCAUCGUCAGUAUAGAUGCUUGAGUAGAGCGCCUCCUAUUGGCCGACAACGGCGGUUGCCAGACGGGAGCGGCUCGUGCAUCAAUAAAUGUCCUUAUUUCAUUGUGCUUCGCGAGGGCGUGGAGCUAAAAUGCUUGUAAUAUUUCCAUCAUUAUGAAUCAUAUUAAUAGUAAAUCAUUAUUGUUGA